AUGGCAGAAUUCCACGGACUCGGAGCUAAUUUCGAUGGUAUCCCCAGCUCGACAAGUGGCAGUACAUCAAGUCCUUUCGUGCAAGCUUCCGAUGCAUCGUCUCAUACUUCGUUGUCUCUCAAUUCCAAUCUGUGCCUGCCACCACUCUCGACGCAUGACACAGAAAAGGCACAGCAUCACAUGAAAAACUUCAACCGCUUCAUCGAGGAUCUCCAGGCAUCAGCAAGAAAAGCAUUUCCCAACUCACCGUAUUCUCGAUAUAGCGAUGUUCAAGUCCUUCUGAUACAGUGGGAUGAAGAUGAACUCCAGGUUGAGUUGGAACUCGACGAGUUGCAAACCGUCUUUGAACAAGUGUACGGAUUCGCAACUCACAAGUUCCUUAUUCCCACUGCCAACUCGCAUCGCAAAUUGAACCAGCAAGUAUUGAAUUUUGUGGAUAAGAACGAAGAUGAGGAUACUCUUCUUAUUGUUUACUACGGAGGGCACGGGAGUAUCAACAAGGCACGACAGUCGACGUGGCACUGCACAAGAGACAGGACUUACGCAUCAGUCGAGUGGUCUGCGAUUCAAAAGCUAUUUGAAACAGCACAAUGCGAUGUCCUUCUACUCCUCGACUGUUGCGCCGCUGCAAGCGCAGCCCCUCUCACCGAGCGAACAAACUACAUGAUGGAGACGAUUGCGGCUUGUGGGUUCGAGACGUGGACGUCUCUACCAGGCGCGCAGUCGUUCACUCAUACCUUGAUCGAGGUGUUGAAAGAGUGGGCUUCACAACUCCCCUUCUCUGCCGCUAUGUUGCAUAGCGAGAUCUUGACUCGGCUCAAACAUGCUCCUCCUGAACGUUCUUCGCAAGGAGUACCGAUAGAGGCAAGGAGAACACCUACUUACAUUGUCUCAACAUCCAAUCCACUUGCUGCCUCUAUCACGUUGGGCAGAAGGAUGCAAGAGGAUGAAGAGUCUGCCUCAUUUUCAUCAUGUCGGGCGAUUCCUGACCCAAGCCUUGAAAACUUCACAGACAGGAUGCAGCCAGACAACUGCUUCCCGAUCCCGGCCUUGCUGGCUACGGACGCCAAAGGGCAGCGGAUGGCACCGCAUGUGCUUUUGACAGUUUCGUUAGAAGAGGAUCAAGUCUUUGAUGCCGCGAGUUGCGGUCGAUGGCUGAAGCAGUUUCCACUGUUGGCAAAGCAUGUAAGUGUUGAAGCUGUUUACCGCAGCUAUUCAACUCUUAUGGUCUUGUCUGUGCCUGUCGUCGUAUGGGAUCUGCUACCAGAGCAUCCGGCGACUCAGUUUGUGGGAUAUGUGAGAACCCGAAACCUCCUGUCUAAAGACAUGAUAAAGGACGGGGCAGCAACACCGAUUCCUAUUACUGGACAUGCUGCAGGAAACAAAACUAGUGGUCCAUUUGACUGCACUUCCCCACCAAGAUCCGCGUCAGGACUCAGCAGUCUUGACUCCGGAUAUGACUCGUACCUAUCACGACCAGGAAGCUUGGUAGCAUUGAGACAGAAUCGAUUACCAAUGGAUGGGUCGAUGAGUUCCCUUGCUACUAAGGUACGAGCGGGCAAAAGACGAAGUAAGCCAUCGUCGGUAGAGCUCCUGGGCUCAGAUCGGCCGACUCCAAUGACACCCAUCACACGCUCUAGUAUCAAACAAAGAGCGGGCUCGAGCAGCCGAGGAUCCAGUCGCUUAGUUGUUUCGAUUGGCGAAGCAGAAUUGAAUGGCGACAGAAUUGGGCAUACAUGCGUGCUCUGGUAUGGAUACGAUGUUCAGCAGAGUCGACCCGCUGAAAAGGCAAUAUCGAAACCAACAUGGAAUGAGGACUUCAGAUUCCGAGUACAUAAUUCACCGAUGUGCUACCACUUGAGGGUUUCAGUGUGGGGUGCUCAAAUGCUCGAGCUCAUUGGGGAGGUGUAUGUCGACCUUUGUGAACUGGUCACAAAGGAAAGGCUCCCAAAACUUGAUACAUGGCAAACUCUUCGUUGCAACGGAACCACAACGGGAUCGAUCCGCAUCAAGCUGGCAUACCUGGAUGUGAGUGAGGACGAAGAACAGCAAAGCUUGGCUACCAAGGUAUCAGCUGCAGAGCAGCAGGAAGAACGGCAGAAGUUGGAGCGUCAGGGGAGUGAUGACGGGCAGGCUCGGGUUCAUCAGAUGGAUUUUCAGGUUUGGUGA